UCUCCACAAACAUCCGGUUCCUCAGUGUCACAUGACCAGCGCUCUGCUGUCAUUUAUGCUAUUCGGAACCAGCUAGAAAAGCACAUCGAGCAACAUUAGCUUCCUCGGGUUCCUGUUCUUCAUCAGACGAUGGCAACAUUGGUAGCAAACAGGGCGAUGGACAUCAACGGCUUGGCAGCAGCUGCGAGGACACACACCCAGGCUGUGACCCGAAAUUACAUCUCUCAACCUCGGCUAACCUACUCUACUGUGUCUGGUGUAAAUGGGCCCCUGGUGAUCCUGGAUAAUGUGAAGUUCCCCAGAUAUGCUGAGAUUGUUCACCUGACCCUGCCGGAUGGCACCAAGAGGAGUGGCCAGGUCCUGGAGGUCAUCGGGAGCAAGGCAGUUGUCCAGGUGUUUGAGGGAACAUCCGGCAUUGAUGCCAAGAAGACGGCGUGCGAGUUCACUGGCGAUAUCCUGCGGACCCCCGUGUCGGAGGACAUGCUUGGGCGCGUGUUCAACGGCUCGGGCAAACCCAUCGACCGCGGGCCCAAUGUUCUGGCUGAGGACUACCUGGACAUCAUGGGUCAGCCCAUCAAUCCUCAGUGUCGUAUCUACCCCGAGGAGAUGAUCCAGACCGGCAUCUCAGCCAUCGAUGGCAUGAACAGCAUUGCCAGAGGACAGAAGAUCCCCAUUUUUUCCGCUGCUGGGCUGCCCCACAACGAGAUUGCUGCCCAGAUCUGUCGCCAGGCCGGCCUCGUGAAGAAGUCCAAGGACGUGAUGGACUACAGUUCUGAUAACUUUGCCAUUGUCUUCGCGGCCAUGGGGGUCAACAUGGAGACGGCUCGCUUCUUCAAGUCAGAUUUUGAGGAGAACGGCUCCAUGGACAACGUCUGCCUUUUCCUCAACCUGGCCAAUGACCCCACCAUCGAGCGCAUCAUCACCCCCCGCCUGGCGCUGACGGCAGCGGAGUACCUGGCCUACCAGUGUGAGAAGCACGUCCUGGUCAUCCUGACUGACAUGAGCUCCUACGCCGAGGCUCUGAGAGAGGUCUCCGCUGCCCGAGAGGAGGUGCCCGGCCGGAGAGGCUUCCCCGGCUACAUGUACACCGAUCUGGCCACCAUCUACGAACGGGCCGGCCGAGUGGAGGGCAGAAACGGCUCCAUCACCCAGAUCCCCAUCCUCACCAUGCCCAAUGACGACAUCACCCAUCCCAUCCCUGAUCUGACUGGAUACAUCACAGAGGGUCAGGUCUACGUGGAGAGACAGCUGCACAACAGACAGAUCUACCCUCCGAUCAAUGUGUUGCCCUCCCUGUCCCGUCUGAUGAAGUCAGCCAUCGGCGAGGGGAUGACCAGGAAGGACCACGCUGACGUCUCAAACCAGCUGUACGCCUGCUACGCCAUCGGUAAGGACGUCCAGGCUAUGAAGGCCGUGGUGGGAGAAGAGGCCCUGACCUCUGACGACCUGCUCUACCUGGAGUUCCUCCAGAAGUUUGAGAAGAACUUCAUUGCUCAGGGCCCGUACGACAACAGGACGGUGUAUGAAACCCUGGACAUCGGCUGGCAGCUGCUGCGAAUCUUCCCCAAGGAGAUGCUCAAGAGGAUUCCUCAGAGCACCCUGGCGGAGUUCUACCCCAGGGAGUCUGCCGCCCGUCACUGAGGCACACAAAGGGAUGCCCCGAGCUCGUCCCAUUCACCCUUUUCACCCACCAUCCUCUUCUACCUCCUUUCUUUUCUCUUACCCAACAGCCCCUGCGGCUCCGUCGAGCCUUCGCCCUUCACCCGACCGCCCCUCCCUUCCCUGUUCUUAUUACGCCUCGUUCCUCCCUGAAUGGGAACAGGCUAAUAAUCUCCCCCUGCUGUAGAUGUAGUGUAAAUGUGUGUGGAAAGUGUCUGUGGUUGUAAUGUCUACCCCUUGAUUGCAACAACAACAAAAACAUAUCUUAAAAGUGAUAAAUGAGUCCUUAUUUAUUGGGGUGUGCUGCUGGAUCCCCCCCUCCCCUCUUCUGUUUUUUUUCUUUUUAAUAAUAAAUACUAUGUAAUAUCCAUCCCCCAUUAAAAAAACAAACCAGAUGUUUCCAACUGAUGACCAAUGUGUGCAUAUAAGAGGGUCAGAUACAGUACAGGGUCAGUCAAGGGAAGCUCAAAGUUUACCAUAGUAUCGUCGCCAUAUUGGUAUGAACCUCCCCUCCCUUUGUAUCAUUUAAUAACAAGCAACUGUUGUUGUUGUUCUAGUUGGCUCUGACUCCGAUGUGCUCGUGUCUCCGUAUGCCGAGAGCUUCUCUAGAACCCGACCCAGCCGGGUUCAGGUGUUUGCUCCGGGUUGCCUGCAGUACUUUGACUCUUUUCUUCCCUCUUGCAUCUUUACUCUACUCUGGAAACAAAAUACUGAGUGUUUACAUUAUUUCUGUUGUGUUGUUUUCGAUUUGUGUUGCAACAAGACGAGUAUAUUAAACAUUCCCAUCGGUCUGCAGAAACUAAUUCUUUUGUUGUGCAACAAUAAUGUUUUUUGUGAGGUAAUGUGUCAAUGAAUGAAUAAAUUAAAUUAUGAGUA